GCAUGUCAGGACACAGAGGCCAGCCCCCAGACCCACCUGAUGAGGUGAAGAACAUCAUCUCCAAACUAGCAAACUUCGUGGCUCGCAAUGGACCAGAGUUCGAGGAGAUGACUAAGAAGAAGCAGCAGCACAACGACAAGUUUAGUUUCCUGUUCGGGGGUCAGUACCAUGAGUUUUAUCAGUGGAGACUUCAUGUUGAGCGGAAUGGUGGUGGCAGCGGUGGCAGCGGUGGUGGCGGUGGUGGCAGUGGUGGCAGUGGGGGAGGAAAUCAGCAUAAUGAUGGAGGACAACACCAUCACCACCAUCAACAGCAACAAAGUGGACCUCCUCCUCACCAGGGUGGACCCCCUCCCCACCAAAGUGGACCCCCUCCUCACCAAAGUGGACCUCCUCCCCACCAAAGUGGACCUCCUCCCCACCAAAGUGGACCUCCUCCCCACCAAAGUGGACCUCCAGGCCACCCUCCUCCGCACCAAAGUGGACCCCCUCCUCACCAAAGUGGACCUCCUCCCCACCAAAGUGGACCUCCUCCGGGUCAUCCUCCUCCUCCUACUCAACAGUACAACGAUCAGAACCAGAUAAACUGGGAAGAGGUGCCCGAUCUGAACGGGUUCGGCCAGCUCCUGACCCCAGUAAUGGACACCUGCACCAAGGACAGUAUCCUGCAGGCCAGGACGUGGAUCCUGGGGAAUGCUGACUCUUCUCAGCAGUCCUGGUAUGUGGGACAGUUCCUGCUCUACAGAGCCGCUAACCCUGACGCUUCUUGUCGGCAACGUCUCCACGUGUUGUACCUGAUGAACGAUUGUUUACAUCACGCAGCUAAGAAACAUGCUACCGACAUCAUUAAAGCGUUACAGUGCGUUGUUGUUGCGAUAUUGUUUCUUGCAAAACAGGCUGACUCUGAUGGAACGUAUCGUCCUAAAUUCGAGAAAGUUCUGAACAUCUGGGAGCAAAAUAACUACUUUGAAACAGCCACUCUAGAGGAGCUGCAGAAGUGCGUGAACUCAAGAGACUACUAUCAGUCGAGUAGUGUGAACGUGAUACAAGGAAACAUCCAAUACUCUCAGCAGCUCCUGCCUCAUCUUCUCAACCCCCAACAACAGCAACAACAGCCGCCGCAAGGUAGACCUUACAAUGAUCAGUUCUUCCCUCCUCCUCCGCAGAACUACCAGCAACCUCCACCCCAGGCCAGGAGCAGGUUUGACCAGGGUCCCCCUCCCAGUUCCAGCAGGUUCGAUCAAGGACCUCCUCCUGGUAGCAGGUUUGGUCCUGGACCCAGUAAUCAGAACAGGAUGGAUCAGGGUCCCUCCAGUAGAUUUGACCAAGGCCCUCUUCCUUCUCACCAGGCAUCAAGGUUUGACCAGCCUCCACCAGGUUCAAGAUUCGAUCAGCCUCCUCCAUCUGGCUCUAGAUUUGAUCAAGGACCUCCUGGUGGCAGUAGAUUCGACCAAAGACCACCACCAGCUUUUCAAGGAAAUCGACCACCUUUCGAUGGCCAGCCAUAUCACGGAGGCCCUGGUCCAAGCUUCCCCCCUCCUGCCCAGUCUUUCUCGAGACCCUUACCGUCACGGGGACCCUAUGAAGGUAUGGGACCUUGUAACAACGAUCCUAAAUCGUACGACAACAUAUAUGACGCUCGGGACUUCUUGAGAAUUCUACAAUUCCAAAUCGCUCAGCACUCUGGUCCUCCUCAACAGUUCUAUUACGAUCUUCCAGCUGGCCUGUUACUGAAUCAUGUAAAACUCGAGGACUCUGAAUUUAAACCUAUUGAUCCUGCCCACAUGCGGCUUCCCAGCCCUAAACCACCGAGCAAACGCCUACUUGAUGCUGUGGAGGAGUUUUACAGGCUGGAGAAAAUAGAAAAUGCAGAGGAGGAAGCCAUCGACGAGGAGUUGUUGAGGGAUUAUUACAGGGAGAAGAAGAAGGAGAUAAAGAAGAGAAUGAACGGUAAAGAGACCAGUAACCUGGGUUGGGUGGGGUACCGGGACUCCGCGGAGACCGAGCUUCGGAGAUCCCGCAGUUCCUCUUCCUCCAGUGCCAGCAGUAGCAGUACUUCCAGUGACAGUUCCACUGAAAAGAAGGCUCGGGGAAGAAAACUAGGAGGUUCUGCUGGAUCAUCUUCCUCCAGCUCUUCUUCUUCUACCUCCGACUCUGAUAACGAAAAUAGGAUGAUCAAGGACAAGAGAUCACCCACUCCUCCUAGUUUCGGAUCGUACCCAGUUAACGUGGAACAGCAGUUAGGAGAUGACAACAUUGGAGCCCAGAUGCUGAAAAAGAUGGGGUGGGAGAGCGGGAAGGGGCUCGGUGCUAAGGGUACUGGAAUUGUAGAGCCUAUUAAAGCGGACACUACGAAUGUUAAAGACUUCAAGUUGGGUAUUGGGGUAUCAUCGGACCGGUUUGAGGAGUUCCGGAAGCGGAAGAGUUAUACAUACAAUCGACCCCCUCCCAGAGGGGGAGGGGGGAGUAAGAGAGAUAGAGAUAGGGACUGAGCGAGGGGUUAUGUUUCAACUGUUUUGUAUUAAUAAUACUUUCAUUACAUAAAAAGUUUUAUCUUAUAUAAUUUAUUGAUGAGUGUUGAAGAUGAGCCCUGGUUGGUUCCUAUACAAUAUCUGGCAGAUUGCCCAGAGGUAGUUGAUUUGACUGUGGGGCUGUAUUUUACCUUUUAUUUUAGUUUUGAUGCCAUCAUUGAAAGAACAUGUUCGUACUAAUACACAUACACUUGCAACACGGUAAUAGAGAUGACGUGACAUUAAGCUUGCCAGAACUAGGAUCUGUCUUAGUGCGUUUCAGAUUAUUUAUAUUGCUUCUAAAUAGACUCGUAAGUAAUCAAUUUUAUCAUUUUAGUUUUACAAUGACUAUCGGGAGUCUUUUAUUGUUUGCCAUACAUGAUACAUUGAACAAUUAUGUUUAUCGAUAAUUUUCACUAUCCAAUAUUACAAGAU